AUGGCUCAACCGUUGGAAUUGGAAGGCCUUGGCGAUGCCCUCUUCCCUGCUGUGCCGUCGUCGUGGCAGGUCACGGUCGGUCUUUCGUUGAUUGCUGGCGUUGCCUCGCAUCAUGCUGUCUUUCGGCCGGUUGAAAUCGACACCCAUUUGUGGCGAUUGCUAUUCAUCUAUAUAGCAACGAUAGCUGCUAUUACUGGAGGCUAUAUCCGAAUCGGAGGCUAUCAGUUUGGAGCGGCCUUGCUACAGACCGCCUUGGUUGCAACGACAUACAACGUUGGAGUUUUCACUAGUAUCUUUGUGUAUAGAGCAUUCUUCCAUCCUUUGCAAAAGUUUCCCGGUCCGUUUUGGGCCAGAGUCUCCCGGUUUCAUGCAAUGGGCAAGAUGAUUCAGAGCCAAAAGGGUUACGAAGAUAUACAGAAGCUCCAUCAAAAGUACGGAGAUAUUGUACGAGUGGGACCUCGCGAACUAUCCAUCAACCGUCCCUCUGCCAUUCGUUCCCUUUACGCGGCCCACUCACAAACGUCGAGACCGCCGUGGUAUUCGCAGACGUCGAGACACCCAUCCAAGUCCUCGCUGAUCAAUACACGGGAUUCAGCAGCGCAUAAGCUACGAAAGAAGGUUUGGGAAAAGGCUCUGGGGUCUAGAGCGUUGGAUGUGUAUGAGUCGCGUGUGCAAUCAAAAGUUGAACUUCUACUAUCUAAAAUCGAGGAGACAAAUGGCGUCCCGGUCGAUAUGACAAAGUACUUUAUGUAUUUUAGCUUUGAUGUCAUGGCAGAUGUUGGAUUCUCCAAAAAUUUCAAUAUGCUGGAGUCGACAAACAUUCAUCCUGCCAUCAAGGGUGUCCACGAUACUAUGUGGUUUAUCGGACUGCUGACUACCAUUCCGUGGAUGCUGUACAUGGUUGGCUCAACGCCGGGAUUGAAUAGCCUAAGUCGUUUCUCUAUUUGGUGCCAUGAACAACUCAACGAGAAGCGAAGUGUACUUGCCAGCGAGAAGGAAAAGGAGCCACAAGAUGUCAUGUCAUGGUUGCUAAAGGCCAUGGACAAAGGGGACCCUGCGGCACCACCUUCAGAACGGGCCGUUCAAGAAGAUUCUCGUCUUUUGAUUAUAGCUGGCAGUGACACAACUUCUGGAAUAUUGACAAGCGCGUUUCAUCUCUUAUUAACCAACCCCCACACCUACGAGCGCCUACUAGCCGAAGUUCAGCAGCAGUUCCCAGGAGGAAUCAGCGACUGGACAUAUGAAAAGGCAAAGGCAAUUCCCUAUCUCGACUGGAUCGUUUACGAGUCGCUACGAUUGAGGCCCACGGCGGCAGCAGGAAUGCCCCGAGACCUGCCCCCGCAAGGCAUCAUGCUUGACGGCGAAUUUAUCCCUGGUGGAACAAUCGCCUCGGUUCCCCCUUAUACGAUACAGCGAGAUCCGCGAUACUGGGAGGAGCCGCUCGCUUUUCGACCGGAGAGGUGGGAGAACUGCUCGACUGAUAGCGUUCCCUGGAUUGCGUUUAGCCGGGGGACGUGGUCGUGUCCUGGGAGGGGUCUUGCCAUGAUGGAGUGUAGGAUGGUGCUUAGCCGGAUCUUUUUGCAGUAUGAUGUUACGCUUCCUUUGGGGAUGGGCGGGGAUACGUUUGAGGAGGAUACUAUUGAUAAUGUGGCCAUGGUGGCGCCUGCAUUGUAUCUCUCAUUUACUCCUAGGUAA